CCCUAAGUUUCGGCUGCUUCUUCUUCUGCUUCUCUUUCUCAAGGCAUAGACCCAGUUCCAGGCCCAAUACAACCAGUUACCCGGAUACAAAAUUAGGCCCGUCUUCAUCAGUUAGAGUUCUUAUUCCUUCCUGAGUUUUCCCUGUGUUUUUACAGCAAAGGCCGCUGCCCUUUGAAGCAUGGGAAAGACAACAUCACGUGGAGAUGCUGCCGCUCGAGCUGAACGUAAAUUUGAGAAGAAGCUGGACUUCUAUGCUAAGGUUAGACAGACAGUUGCUUCGUUAUCUACCAACAAGGCUAUUGCUAAGAAGAAGAAAGUAAGAAGCAGGCAAAAGAAAUUGAAGGCGUAUGAUCUUUCUACACUUACAGAGUUUCUCCCCGACUUGAAAGCCUCUCAGCAACCAAAACCUGCAGAGUUCAAGUUGAAAAGUAAAACUAGGAAAAAUUUAGUGUUGAAGGAAGACAAUCAAUUACAAGCAGUUAUUAAUCAUCCUGCUUUCCAGUCAGAUCCAUUAGGUGCCAUUCAUCAACAUCUGCAAAGCACACAACCUACUGUAGAUGAAAAGCCAAAAAUAAGAGAAAAUAGAAAUGGAAAUAGGAAAGGAAAAAAGAAAUCUAAAGCCUCAACCGGGCUACAGUCGAUGGAGAUCUAAUGCGCUCUUAAGCUUUUUCUGCUUCUCCAGGUGUUGCAGGAGUUCGUGUAGGUGAUGCAAGAGAGUUAUUGGUCGAAGAUUGGACCCUGAGUUGGGGUCAGGACGUUGGGUUGGUUCGUGCCGGAGGCGGGGUGAGGGUUGUAAGAGAGUUUUGAAAAUGUUUUCCCUAUGUUUGGUACAUAGGUUAUUUUCUUUAAAACUGGAGGAAGAUAAAGUCCAAUAGAAAACAUAGUUUAAGCCACCCAAAUAUGUGGAAAUUGAAAAACAUUUUCCUUCGUACUGUACACUCCGAGAUUGUUUUAUACAUGGCUAAUUAUAAUAAUUUCAGAAUAAAAUUUGGGAUUAACUUUAUCUCAUGUUUGA